GCAUUUGUGUUGAGACUCAGCUCAAAACACACGGCGACCUAUAUUCAAAAUUUGGAUUUAUUGCGGCAUAAUUUUGAGCAAAGCCUCGCACUACGCGCCCAUCCCGGAGUUGUGUCUCCUUAGAAAGCAAAAAAUGGUGCUUGUAUUGGCGAUUGGGGAUUUACAUAUCCCUCAUAGGGCACCUGAUCUCCCUCCCAAGUUCAAGUCUAUGCUUGUCCCUGGCAAGAUUCAACACAUCAUCUGCACUGGUAAUCUCUGUAUCAAAGAAGUACAUGAUUACCUGAAAACAAUAUGUCCAGAUCUCCAUGUUACUCGAGGUGAAUAUGAUGAAGAUGCACGUUAUCCGGAGACAAAAACCCUAACCAUCGGUCAGUUCAAACUUGGACUUUGCCAUGGUCACCAGGUUAUUCCAUGGGGGGACUUGGAUUCUCUUGCUAUGCUUCAGAGGCAGUUGGACGUGGACAUCCUUGUGACGGGGCAUACACAUCAAUUUACAGCAUACAAGCAUGAAGGUGGUGUUGUCAUAAAUCCAGGAUCUGCCACCGGUGCAUACAGCAGCAUCACCUACGAUGUUAACCCAAGCUUCGUAUUAAUGGAUAUUGACGGGCUUCGUGUGGUGGUUUAUGUGUAUGAGCUGAUUGAUGGGGAAGUUAAGGUGGAUAAAAUUGAUUUCAAAAAGACAACUGCUCCACACUCUCCUCACUGACUCAAAACAACUUUGCAGAAUUUUCUUCUUAUUUUCCCUGAAUCUGAAACAAGACUAUUACUGAGUUGUUUUAAAAAUGUAAUGGGCCAAGUAGGUUUGUCACCUGAGCAUGUAUCUUAACUGUGUGUAUAACCAGAUUUUAGCUUUGUUUGGAUUUGAGUUUGUUGGUUUGGAUUCUUGUUUGAUUGUUUUGCAUAUGUACUUGGUAUAUAGGAAUACUUUAUAGUCUAUCCGAGCAAUUAUAAUAUCUGUG